CUAGCGCCCCGGGGCGCCCUUUGGCCCUCUUCCGCAGCCUCGCGGCCCCCGUGCUUUCCCUCCCCUGUCUCCCCCGCUGACCCCAGUGGCUGGGUCCCCCGCUCCCCGCAGCCUGCACCACAGCGCCAUGGCUCCGGCUAGGAAAGGCGGCAGUAGGGUGGCGAAGACCAGCUCGCUACGGAGCCGGAAGCUCGCCUCCUUUCUUAAGGACUUCGACCGUGAAGUGCAAGUACGGGCCAAGCAAAUUCAGGCAGACAGGCAGAACCUCCUCAAGGAGAUGGAUAACCUGUACAACAUCGAGAUCCUGAGGCUUCCCAAGGCGCUGCGCGAGAUGAACUGGCUCGACUACUUCGCCCUUGGAGGAAACAAACAGGCCCUGGAAAAGGCAGCAACAGCUGACCUGGAUAUUACAGAAAUAAACAAACUAACAGCAGAAGCUUUUCAGACACCCCUGAAAUCUGCCAAAUCACGGAAGGUAAUACAAGUAGAUGAAAUGAUAGUGGAAGAAGAAGAAGAAGAAAGUAAAAACAAGACUCUUCAAACUGCAAGAGUCAAAAGGUGUCCUCCAUCUAAGAAGAGAACCCAGUCCAUACAAGGAAAAGGCAAAAGCAAAAGGUCGAGCCAUCAUAGCACUGUUACCCCAGCUGUGGGCCGCCUGGAGCUGUCUAUGGUGAAACCCACCCCAGGCCUGAUGUCCAGGUUUGACUCAAGAGUCUUCAAGACCCCAGGCCUGCGUACUCCAGCAGCCAGAGAGCAGGUCUACAACAUCUCAGUCAAUGGCAGCCCUCUAGCCGGCAGCAAAGAGAUUUUCCUCACUGUGCCGGUGGGAGGUGGAGAGAGCAUGCGGUUAUUGGCCAGUGACUUGCAGAGGCUUGAUAUUGCACAGCUGGACCCAGAGGCCUUGGGGAACGUUAAGAAGUUCUCUAGCCGUCUUGCCCAAAUCUGUAGCAGCAUACGGACUCAGAAACAAAGCUGCUCUUCCAAGAAGCCAAACUUGACAGACAGGACCUUCAGCGGGCACUUCUGAGACCCUGAAAAGCCUUUUUCCUUCAACUUAUGUUUGUUUGAGUGUGAAGUUCCAGAGAAGGAGUAGUGUUCCUCCUAGAGAAUUCGGGAAGUGGUGAGACAUACUGUUCCCCCACCAGUUGGACAGAACUUUGCUUUGCAUGCCUCCCAAGCCAGGUGACACAGACACUGCCUGCUACAUCCACGCAGCAGGGACGUCCUGUCGUUCUCCUGGCUCAGUCUUCUUCCUGCUCCAGAGCUGCCACGUUCUGCCUCCUGUAACUCAGCAUCCUCUUUGCCCUGCCCUAACUCAGUGGAGGUGGCAUGAAAGAACCUUGUGUUCUCAGGAGACUGCCUGCUCACCCUCAUCUGAGAACCCUCUGCAUCUGGUGUUUCCGCUCUCUGUGCUUCAGGCUGGGAGGUUUCAGCUCAGAGAACCGAGGGCUCUGGGCCAUGAGAGCAGAUCCAGAAAGCCGGGAGACGCUAUACAAAUGGAGCCAGGACAGAACAGAAAGUGUCGCCGUAGUGACCACAGAACACAUCUCCCCCCAGCACCUGUCCUCUCUCUGUCCCGUGGCAGAUGCUGAAGGGGGCUCUGGAAUCUGAUCCUGCUAUGCCCAAUAGUGUAUAUCAAGUGGACUCGUGGAACUGUUUUGCAUUUAUCCCUGUUACUGAAGACCAAAAAUUAGUUUGGAGGCAGCUGCCAUGUCUUGCUCCUCUACCUCCCUAGUUAGUGAGAAGUGGAUAAGAGCAGUUUAGGGCUUAGCUUACUCUAGGUAUUUUUAAGUGACUGGCCACAGAACUAUCCCUAAGCUCUCCAUGGUCUAGUGAUCCCUGCCAGAUCUAUAGACUUUGCAAAGAGUGCUUCUCUCCUACGGGUUUCAUUAGGGAGCAGGUAUGACUUGUCUGGUGGCCUCCUUCCAUGUAUUCGGCCUGUGCCCUGAGCCUGGACUAGUUAUUCAGAGUCAGCACACAGAUCCCUGUGCUCCAGCCAGUGCCUCUGCCCCAAAGAAUCAUGAGACAUGGUCCAAGAAUAUGGGAACAGAGUCCCCGCCCCAGGCUUGAGUGCACAGCUUUCUCAGACUUGGUAUCAUUUUGCUACCUGGCUGUUCCAGUGAUCCAGUCCUGUUUUACUUGUGUUCUCAGGCUGUUCCAUUCUCUCUUACCUGAGACUUCUGUAUAUAUUGUUUUCCUGAGUAAUGGUAUCUUGUAGCUGAUUUCUUCUAAUCAGAGAUACUGAAGGUAUCUGUUUUCAAUAAAAAUGUGGAUCUGUUUGUUUUUAAUCAA